UCAGGGUUCUCGAGCCCCUUCACGACCGUCACCAUGGAGGUGUCCCCACUGCAGCCUGUAAAUGAAAAUAUGCAAAUCAACAAAAUAAAGAAAAAUGAAGAUGCUAAGAAAAAACUGUCUAUUGAAAGAGUCUAUCAAAAGAAAACACAAUUGGAACAUAUUUUGCUUCGCCCAGAUACCUACAUUGGCUCUGUGGAAUUGGUGACCCAGCAAAUGUGGGUUUAUGAUGAAGAUGUUGGCAUUAACUAUAGGGAAGUCACUUUUGUUCCUGGUUUGUACAAAAUCUUUGAUGAGAUUCUAGUUAAUGCUGCGGACAAUAAACAAAGGGACCCGAAAAUGUCUUGUAUUAGAGUCACAAUUGAUCCGGAAAACAAUUUAAUCAGUAUAUGGAAUAAUGGAAAAGGUAUUCCUGUUGUUGAACACAAAGUUGAGAAGAUGUAUGUCCCAGCUCUCAUAUUUGGACAGCUCCUAACUUCUAGUAACUAUGAUGAUGAUGAAAAGAAAGUGACAGGUGGUCGAAAUGGCUAUGGAGCCAAAUUAUGUAACAUAUUCAGUACAAAAUUUACUGUGGAAACAGCCAGUAGAGAAUACAAGAAAAUGUUCAAACAGACGUGGAGGGAUAACAUGGGGAGAGCUGGUGAAAUGGAACUCAAGCCCUUCAGUGGAGAAGAUUAUACAUGUAUCACUUUCCAGCCUGAUUUAUCUAAGUUUAAAAUGCAAAGCUUGGACAAAGAUAUUGUUGCACUGAUGGUUAGAAGAGCAUAUGAUAUUGCUGGAUCCACUAAAGAUGUUAAAGUCUUUCUUAAUGGAAAUAAGCUGCCAGUAAAAGGAUUCCGUAGUUAUGUAGAUAUGUAUUUGAAGGAUAAGUUAGAUGAAACUGGCAACCCAUUAAAAGUGAUACAUGAACAAGUAAACCACAGGUGGGAAGUGUGUUUAACAAUGAGUGAAAAAGGCUUUCAGCAAAUUAGCUUCGUCAACAGCAUUGCUACUUCCAAGGGUGGCAGACAUGUUGAUUAUAUAGCUGAUCAGAUUGUGACUAAACUUGUUGAUGUUGUGAAAAAGAAGAACAAGGGUGGUAUUGCAGUAAAAGCACAUCAGGUGAAAAAUCACAUGUGGAUUUUUGUGAAUGCCUUAAUUGAAAACCCAACCUUUGACUCUCAGACGAAAGAAAACAUGACUUUACAAGUCAAGAGCUUUGGAUCAACAUGCCAAUUAAGUGAAAAAUUCAUUAAAGCU